AUGACGCUCAAGUACUCUAGAGGGGAAAAAGAAAAAUGGAUAGCUGGUACACCCAAACCCAAACGCCGUGGUCCGGUACCUAUCCCCCCAAGUAACAACCAGGUCUUGAUAAACAACAAGCUCGCGCUCAUAGGCCGGGUCCUGAACCCCCAGAUCCAGAAACCGAAAGCCCUAAUGGAAUUCAUGCUUCAUCACUGGGAGAUUGAGGACAAAGCGGUGGGUAGAGAGCUAGGCCCCUCUCUGUUCCUCAUUCGAUUCCAAGACGAAGAAAUCCUAAAGGUUACUCUCGAUAAAGCCCCGUUCCACUACAAGAGAUGGAUGUUCAUUCUACAAAGGUGGGAACCAAUAGUCUCUGACUACUUUCCCGCUUUCAUUCCCUUUUGGAUUGAGGUCCAAGGGAUCCCCCUCCAUCACUGGUCCGACCAAACCCUCUGUACCAUUGGUGCCGAAUUGGGUUUCGUUAUUGACAGAGAUGUGGACCUGGGAAAAAUUCGUGUCCGGAUAAACGCACUGGAGCCGCUGGAGAUGAGCCUCCCCAUCCAGUUACCUACGGGGGAAGUAACUACGGUCAACCUAGUCUACGACAAGCUUGAGAAGCACUGUUUCUCCUGCUUCUCCCUAUCCCACGAAGAAAAAGAUUGCCCGUUAAAGGAACAACCUCCGGUGGAGAGGAUUCCAGAGAUCGGCAUCAACCAACGAAGAACUGUAACCCGUGCAGAGGAAGACAGAAUUCGCCACUCGAGCAGAAGGGACUACAGAGCAGAACAGACAGAACGAAGGAGCAGAAACCUCGAAUCUCGUCACAGGGAGACCAGAGAGCGGUACCGGAGACCUUAUGAUAGGCCUUCCCAUAGAUCUCCCUCCUCGCGGUCUCAACGACAGGAGAUAAACCCAAAAAGAAGCUAUAACAGAGAGCACCCGAGGGACCAACUCAUUACGACCCGGGACUCGUCUCCAAAAAGCUCUCUUAGAGGUUUCUCACAAGGGCAUAACCCAACCCAACAGGGCUCUCGCUAUCAGUCACUCUCUGACCAUAUGUCUUCCCGGUACAGACAAACCUCUCCCCAAAACAACGACCUCCCUCAGGAAUGUCGUACUCCUCCCCAUAUCCCGAGCAGAGGACGUCACUCUCCUAUCUCCCGGAGACUGGAUGCACCUCACAGUGAGCGCAUGGGAACUAAUGGGGAUAACUAUCAUGAGAGAAGAGGUCCCUCUCCCACUGAUAGACACCAACCCUUAUCUCACCCUACGUCUCUAGUCUCAACCCCCAUAGAACAAGUCUCAGCCCCUCCGAGCUUUGAUCCUUCCUCACAGCCGGCUCAAGGAAAACGCUCAGCAAAGGAAUGA